AUGCUGUUGCAGGCGCAUACGACCAAGUUCAUGGGCAUCUUCCGCUCGACCAACCUCGCCAAAACUCCGGAGAGGUUCGGCAGCUUUGAUGACUCGACAAAGUACGGCGGUGCGGUCCCGUCGGAGCACUAUUUGCGGGACGUGAGGCGGUUGUAUUUCUCGAAACUCCCCGUGCUGGAGGUGGAUAGCGUGGAUUGGACCCUGGAGGAGUAUCACCACCGCUUGAUGCAGCGCUGGGACGGAGACAUUCUGGGUGGGGAUGCUUCGUUUAAGUUUGCGAAGAUCAUCCGGCUCCGGGCAAAAGCGGGCGAGGAGCGCACAAGACCAGUGUACGGCUCCUUCACAGUCUUCGACGAAUAUGAGCAGGUGGUCUGGCAGCGUCCGAUGAAGACCGGUGCCUUGAGCGAGCUGGCGGAGGAGUUGAAGCUUUUCUUCAUGCGAUUCGUUCGCAAUGGCUUCAAGGUUCCUACUCUGUGGAACACAGAUGACUGCUGUGAUGACCUUCAACUGCUGCAACGCAUAUUACGCGAGUUUGAGGAGGUAACGGGGAUCAGUCUUUAUCUGGAAGACGAGGUGGACGCCGGAGUUCAGUUGGAGCUCCUGCCACAGCUGGAUAUGGAGUUCACCCCUGCCAUCGUGUACGAUCCGGACGCGGUAGCCGCUGCCUGCGGCUCCCUCCGUCAGAGCAUCAGCCAAAAUCGAGUGGAGGGAAAGAUGAUUUGCGGAGCGGACGCAGAGUGGCAGUUUUCACCUCGUGGGCGGAAACCUGUAGCGACCUUCCAGAUUGCGGCUUUGAAGGGGCCGUCGUUCCUCUUCCACCUGCAGAGAGGGAGCUCUGGUUUUACGAAGGAAACAUUUCCCGCUCCCCUGAAGGCUCUUCUCGAGGACCCCAGCACCAUCAAGGCUGGUGUUGCCAUCAACACGGAUGCCACGCAUAUGCUCAACGACUAUGGCGUGAAAAUGGCGAGCACGGUGGACCUGCGUGUCCUCGCCGUUUCCAAGUUGGUGGUGACAUCGUCUCGAACACUCGCCGGCUUGACGGCGUGCCUCCUGGGGAGGCAGCUGCCGAAGGAUACCGUCCGAUGCUCCCGUUGGGGCAGCGCUCAACUCUCCGUUGAACAGCGAGACUACGCCAUCAGGGACGCCGUUGCCUCGGCACUCUUGUACGAGGCCAUCCACAAGAACAAGGACCCGAUCACAUCCGUGCCUUCUUCACAUUUCGACCCGGCUAUCGGCUUGAAGGUGAGCGCCUUCGCAUUGUGGUACCGGCCGUACUUUCCUGUGGACCGACAACAACAGAUCAUGGCAGCCAUUCCGCCUGCGUGGCGGUAGGUCACGUGGUGUCCGACGCC